UGUGAUCAUAUUCUUAUUAUCUGUCUUUUGCAAAUUCUCGUAUCUUAGUGUCUGUGAAUUCAUUCUUCUAAGUCCUUGUAGCUUCAUUUUCUUCCUCCUAAAAUCCAUUCUACGUUUAUCUUCAAUCCUUAGUGUAUUUCUUUUUCUUCUUCUGCUUUGUGAAAAGCUUUGCUGAGGUAGUCAAACCUUAAACGCUACUUUGCUGUGCUUCUGUUUGUUCUCUUGUUUAGUUUUGGAAAAUUGAGGAGCACUGCAAGUCUGGUUUGUUCAUUGUGUGAUGAAAACUGCAGAUUUGGUAGCUAAAAAACGAAUCUUUGCAGGAAUUGGGAGGUGGUUGGCGUUUUUCUUCUUCAUUUCUUGAAUUUCUAUCUCUCAUAGGCUUUAGCGUUUGUGGAGAUUCUGUGGAUUUGACAGUGGUUCUCUCACUAGCCUGCCUACCUACCUGGAAUUGGCUAGAAUCCACUACCUCUUGCAACUGUUUUUAAUUUAACUUGUGUUGCUUACUGUUGUGGAUGAGUUUGCUACAUGUAGUGGGGUUUGGUCUAAAGGUGGGGCAUCUACUUUUGGUGCUAUGUUGCUGGAUUAUGUCUGUCAUUUACACCAACUGGUUCAUUAGGGGUGGAAUUAUGGACACCAAGAUGAGUUUUUUGGGCGGUGGUGGCAAGAUGUGGCUCAGAGGUUGGGAGAUGAUCUUGGGGAACAGUUACAAAAUCAACCAACACUAUUACCAAUGUAUUGGGUCCAAUAAAGUCAGGAGAACCUUGUGGAGAAAACUUUUGUUGACAUGGGUUCUGGGUUGGUCCAUAGUAUCCUUGUGGAUCUUCUGCCGUAUGAGCUUACAAGCUACUGAGAAAAGGAAAGAAACUCUGGCCAGCAUGUGUGAUGAAAGGGCUAGGAUGCUUCAGGAUCAGUUUAAUGUGAGUAUGAACCAUAUCCAAGCCAUGUCCAUUCUGAUCUCAACCUUCCACCAUGGCAAGACCCCCUCUGCCAUCGACCAGAGAACUUUUGCAAAGUAUACAGAAAGAACUGCUUUUGAGAGGCCCCUUACAAGUGGGGUUGCAUAUGCUAUAAGGGUGCUUCAUUCUGAAAGGGAACAAUUUGAGAAGCAACAAGGCUGGACUAUAAAGAGGAUGGAUACCGUGGAACAGAACCCGGUUCAUAAGGAUGACUAUGUCCCAGAGGCAUUGGAGCCAUCCCCUAUCCAUGAAGAAUAUGCUCCUGUCAUCUUUGCACAAGAUACAAUUUCACACGUGAUAUCUGUUGACGUGCUUUCUGGAAAGGAAGAUGGUGAAAAUGUGUUGCGUGCUAGAGAAUCAGGGAAAGGGGUUUUAACUGCUCCCUUCAGGUUGCUCAAAACAAAUCGUCUAGGGGUUAUCCUGACAUUUGCAGUCUACAAGAGAGAUCUUCCAUCAAAUGCAACCCCAAAUGAAAGGAUUCAAGAAACUGAUGGGUAUCUAGGUGGGGUCUUUGAUAUCGAGUCUUUAGUGGAGAAAUUGCUUCAGCAACUUGCUAGUAAGCAAACCGUAAUUGUUAAUGUGUAUGAUACUACGAAUCAUACCCAUCCAAUUGCUAUGUACGGUUCAAAUGUAUCAGGCAAUGAGUUCCAUCAUGUCAGCCAUCUUAACUUUGGAGAUCCUUUCAGGAAACACGAGAUGCACUGCAGGUUCAAACAAAAACCACCGUGGCCAUGGGUUGCAAUAACUACAUCCAUUGGCAUCCUUGUUAUUGCACUCCUUGUUGGACAUAUUUUUCAUGCAACUGUGAACCGAAUUGCCAAAGUAGAGGAUGAUUACCAUGAGAUGAUGGAGCUUAAAAAACGAGCUGUGGCAGCUGAUGUUGCAAAAUCCCAGUUCCUUGCUACUGUUUCCCACGAAAUCAGAACACCAAUGAAUGGAGUUUUAGGGAUGUUGGAUAUACUUAUGGACACAGAUCUAGAUGUAACCCAACAGGAAUAUGUCAGAACAGCACAGGGCAGUGGAAAAGCUCUGGUGUCAAUUAUAAAUGAGGUUUUGGAUCAGGCAAAGAUUGAAUCUGGUAAGCUAGAGCUCGAGGCUGUGCUGUUUGACAUACGGGCAAUUUUGGAUGAUGUGUUGUCACUAUUUUCUGAGAAGUCUCACGGAAAAGGAGUAGAGUUGGCAGUUUAUGUCUCAGAUCGGGUUCCUGAAAAGCUAAUAGGUGAUCCAGGAAGGUUUCGGCAAAUAAUCACGAAUCUCAUGGGUAACUCGAUUAAGUUCACAGACAAAGGGCAUAUCUUUGUCACUAUCCAUCUUGUUGAGGAGGUUGUCCAUUCAAUAGAAGUUGAGAAAGAAUUAACUUCAAAAGAUACCUUGAGUGGUUUCCAGGUUGCUGAUAGUCGCAAGAGCUGGGAAGGAUUCCAGGCUUUCAGUCAAGAGGGACCUCUUGGUUCUUUCUCAUCCUCUUCCAAUGAUCUCAUCAAUUUGAUUGUAUCUGUUGAGGAUACAGGUGAAGGUAUUCCUCUAGAAGAUCAGUCCAAGAUCUUCACUCCAUUCAUGCAGGUAGGUUCAUCCAUUUCCAGGAAACAUGGGGGAACAGGUAUUGGUCUAAGCAUUAGUAAGUGUUUGGUUGGCCUCAUGAACGGGGAAAUUGGAUUUGCAAGCAUACCAAAGAUUGGAUCCACUUUCACAUUUACAGCUGUCUUCACCAAUGGAAGUCCAAAUUCAAGUGAAUGUUGUAAAAGUCAGCAAAUCAACAACCAACCUCAUCCUGCAUCAUCAGAAUUUCAGGGUAUGACUGCAUUAGUUAUUGACCCUAGACAUGUUCGAGCUAAAGUAUCGAGAUAUCACAUCCAACGGCUUGGCAUUCAUGUCGAAUUAGUUUCAGAUUUAAAUCAAGGUUUGUCCACAAUAAGCAAUGAGAAUCAAGUUAUUAAUAUGGUCCUGAUUGAACAAGAGGUCUGGGAUAGAGACUCAGCCAUUUCAUCUCACUUUGUCAAUAGCACUAGGAAAGUUGAUCACGGUGUUCCUCCAAAGCUGUUCAUUCUUGUCAAUUCUAGUAGUUCUUUUAGAGCAAGUACUGUAACAUCAGUUGUUCAUAAUCCAACUGUCAUCUCAAAACCUUUGAGAGCAAGUAUGCUUGCUGCUUCGCUACAACGAGCCAUGGGUGUUGGGAACAAAGGGAAUCCUCGAAUUGGGGGGCUUCAGAGUUUGUCUCUCCACCAUCUUCUUCUUGGAAGAAAAAUUCUAAUUGUAGAUGACAACAAUGUGAACCUCACUGUAGCACAGGCUGCUUUAAAAAAAUAUGGAGCUGAUGUGGUUUGUGUAAAAAGUGGAAAAGAUGCCAUCUCUUUGCUGAAGCCACCCCAUCAGUUUGAUGCAUGUUUCAUGGAUAUUCAAAUGCCAGAAAUGGAUGGUUUUGAAGCUACACGUAGAAUUCGGGAGAUUGAACAUGCGAACAGAGAAGGGUCUGCUGAAGCCUUUGAAAAUAAUUCAAACUGGUAUGUGCCCAUUUUGGCUAUGACUGCAGAUGUGAUCCAGGCUACACAUGAGGAAUGCCUAAAGAAUGGGAUGGAUGGAUAUGUUUCAAAACCUUUUGAAGCUGAACAACUUUAUAGAGAAGUUUCACGGUUUUUCCUUUCAUCAUGAAAAAGAAAAUACAAUGAUGAUAUAAACCUGAGGAUUCAUGACAAUGGAGGCAUCAGCGUCUGUUGGCCAUGACAUUUAGAAGUGUGCAUAAAUAGGUUCAAUAAUCUCCUCUGAGGAAUGUACGUAGGAACCAAGUUUUAUUGGUUGGAGUUGAGUUUUAAUUGGUUCUGAGGGUAUCAAAACCAGUUUAUUCUUCCAUGUAAAGUCACACUCGUCCAUGGUAACUACCAAUUGGACAUAUUAGGGGGAAUUUGAAGACCCAAGUGUAUAUAAUUCAGGAUCUGGUGUCUCAUCAUCUUCUGCAUGUAAUAAUACUACUCACAGUACUCUAAGCCUUGCAUUUCUAUGGGCAUUGAUAAAUGUAUAGAAGAGAAUGAUUCAACGUAGAUUAGCUUCUUGGAGAUAAAGAUGGCAAGAAAUGCAGCAUACACCAUAUGAAGUUCAUCAGUGGCUACUUCAGCUUCUAUUCCUUUUGUUCUUAACAAUGCCAUAUUUUGGUUUUCAAACACGUUAACUGAUACAUUGGAGUAUAAUAUUUGAGUUAUCCACCAUUUUUUGGCCGAUUUGUACA